AUGAUGAGCAGGGAGUGGGAUGGCUGGCGAGCGCCCAACAUGGCAGUCUGUCGUAGGAUGCCGGCGCGGUUCCACGAGCUACCGGGACCCAUCGUCCUCUACCAGCCGUCCGAGCUCACGGGGAAGGUGGUGCCUGGGUGGGGCGGUUAUAAUGGCGCUAACCACGCAUACACGAAGUACAUUGCCAACAUCCCGCCUAUCGCCCCCGACAACAUAGGCGAUCUCACCGAAGCUUUGAAUGACCUCUGCCUCAAUGAAAAAUGCUACAAACAACCGCCGGCGUCCUACCUGUGCCACCUCUGCUUCAGCAAGGGGCACUACAUCAAGGACUGCCCCAUGGCUGGAGGAUCGCCGAGCACAUUUGACCACAUGGCUUUCGCGAGACCAAAAGGUGAAGGACUUACACCAUACCAAGGGAAGAAAAGAUGUUUUGGCGAAUAUAAAUGCCCUAAAUGUAAAAGGAAGUGGAUGUCAGGAAAUAGUUGGGCGAAUAUGGGUCAGCAAUGCAUUAAGUGUCACAUAAAUGUAUACCCACACAAACAGAGACCAUUGGAAAAACCUGAUGGCUUGGAUGUAUCUGACCAGUCCAAGGUUCAUCCACAACACCUUUGUGAAAAAUGUAAGCAGCUGGGUUUUUAUUGCAGGAGGGAUCACCCUUAUCCCUAAGCUCAUGAAAUUCGGAAAUACCUACCCCUGAAGGAAGCCCUUUCCUUUUGUUUAUUUCUAUCCUUGUGUUUGUGCCAAAAAGUUAAUAUUAUUUAGCGAGUAAAACAAAUGUGAUAAAACUUGCCAAUAUUUCGUUACUUAAAUUAUUUAAUAUAGCAAAAUAUAUAAAUUAAGGUCAUGUAUGUAUAAAAUGUGAAAGAUGUAAAUUUUGACAAUCACAUAUAUGUAUAUAUGGAAUCAAAGUUAUAAGACAUAUUCAUAGAAAGAAUGACAUUGAUAUUAAAAUGAGAAAAUAUAUAAAAAUGUAAAAUUUCUGAAAAAUGUAGCAAUGAAUGAUGAAAAUGAUACAAAACAAUAGGAAUGAAAAAAUAAAACAGUACUUAGUAUCUUUCUUUUUUUUUAUUUUAUGUUUGAUAACUCUGAUCAAGAUAUAGGAUACAAAAUGCAAUUAAAGAACUUAUAGAAAUAAUACUUAAUAAUGAAGCAUAAUUAAAGCACUUAAUGUUGCUUUCACAAAUGUGUAUACUGUUUUACUUUUUCAAUCGCCAAAAGGAACAACUUGUUCAACAUUUAAAUGCUGUAAUAUUUUCAAGUUUUUUCAAAUAUUAUAAUAGGUAUUGGGAAUAUGUUCUUAAAAAAAGAAAAGACAAUUUAAAUUCAGAAAAGAAUUGUAACGAUUAUAUUAGGCAUAAUAAUAUUAACUAGUCCUUUAUAUUUGUUCCCAUCAGUCAGUAUUAUCUAUUUUGUUUUUCAUUUUCCUAUAAUGCGAUAUUAAAUAUUUAUUAAAUACCAUCUGCCAUGGAUGUUAAAAAAUAUAAGAAGUUUUUUUUAAUGUUCUAUCCUGUUAAAAACUAUGAAAUAAAAUUAUUUAUAUGAAAAAUAAUAUACCGCUCAUUAAUUUCCCUUAAAAAAAAUUAAAUUGUUAUGCUUAUUUUCAUUUUCACAAGUGAUUCAGUUUUGUAUGAUUACAGAUCCUCUUCCUGAUUCUAUUAUUUCAUAAUAUGUACUUCUUCAUGAUCAAUUCACAUGAGCUAGAAAAAAUAGACUGUUGAUGAAUGAAAGAAUUAAAUUUUCUUUUGAGACACCUAGUCCCCUUAGAAUAAUAUAAAUGUAUAAUUCCAG